GCAAAAUUUUCUGCGAUAAUAGAAGAAUUUUCGAGAAAAAGAAAAUCAAGAACUCGGAAUCAGGGUUUUCUUUCAGAUUCGUGAAAAUCUCGAAAGAGGAAUACGAUUUCAGCCUUAGGUCGAUUCCCUUAAAGAUCAAACCCUAAUAUUCUCCUUUUGGAAUUUGAGAUAAAAGGAAUUUAGGGUUUCGGUCUCUAUUUUUCCGCUGUCUGUUUUCGCGAUCGGCGAUUGUAUUUUUGUUCCUGACCGUUACGUUUGUAAUUUCAACGUUAAGCCUAGGGUUUCGUACUUUCGUUGCGAUGAACGACCAAUCGCAGAUGAUGAUGAAUUUGAACCAGAUGAGCCAGCCUCAGAUGAUGAAUCAGGUGCAGAUAAUAGGUCAGUCGCAGCCACAGAUGCUCUCGCACAAUCAAGGAAUGAAUCAACAAGCGCAGCCUCAGAUGAAGACAGCACAGAUUAUGAUGAAUCAGUCUCAGCCUCCGAUGAUGAAUCGCGGGUACAAGGUUUGGUCUCAGCAACCUCCUCUGGACCCUAGCAUGAAGUUCCAGAACCCUAUGAAACAGAAUUACCGGAGUAACUGGAAGGGGAAGAAGGUCACUGACAAACGCAAGGACCCUAGGAGAAUGGAAAAACCCAAUCCCAGUGGAAUCGCGACUCUUAGUGUUCCGAACACAGGUGUCGUCGGUUACCAGCCCCCAACGCUGAACGAGUUGCAAUCGCAAAAUCGCUUAAAAGCGCGUAAGUUCUAUCCUAAGAAGAAGUUUAAUAAUAGGUUUGCUCCCUACGCCCCUAGGAAUACGACCUCGUUUAUUAUUCGUGCGAAGAAGUCCGGUGGCAUAGCAUCUCUUGUGUCACCUUGCCCUGUGACCCCCGCAGUGCUUCCCACGCCUAUAUUGUCUCCGUCGAGGGAGGUGUUGGGUGAUAUGGCGAAGGAGGAGUGGGGUGUUGAUGGAUAUGGGUCGAUGAAGGGGCUGAUUAGACUUCGAUCACCGGGGAAUGAGGCUGAUGUCCAUGAUUACGAGGAGGAGGAUGACGGUGGCUCCAGUGAGAGUGACGUGGAGGAGCAUGUGGAGGUGGAGAGGAGGCUGGAUCACGAUUUGAGUCGGUUUGAGAUGAUAUACCCUAAUUAUGGAGUGGAUUACAACAAUGUGUUAGAGAAUAGGGUUGAUGAUCAAGAUUCCCAUAUAGCUCAGUUAGAGGAGGAGAACUUGACGUUGAAGGAGCGGCUUUUCCUGAUGGAGAGAGAGUUGGGCGACCUGCGAAGGAGGUUGAUGUAUCUUGAGAGGCAGAACCAAGCUGUGGAAGAUGUCAAUGAGGAAGUGGUGGAGAAUGGGUCUGAAAAUGAGAGUGAGGGUGGAUCUGAUGUUCCGGUUAUGGGAAUUGAGAACAAUGUGGUGAUGGUUGACUCAGUGAUGGACAGUGUAAGAGAUAGAAGUAUUGAAGCCAAUGCUAAGCUGGACAAUGAUGGAGUCUCAGAGGCUGAAGGUGUAGAUAAUGUUUUUAUGGAAGGGUCUGUUCCAAACGAGGCUAUUGCGGGGAAAGAUGGGAUCAGAGGUAAUGAAUUGGGGAAUGACUGUGUGUUUGAUGAUGUGAGGGAAAAGGACGAGCUGCAGGGUGAAGGGGUGACACAACAGUGUUCGGCUGAUAAAAUUUUUGCAAAAGAAAAUAAUGUAAUGGAUAACAAAGAAAGUGGUGAUUUUGAAAUGCUGGACAGAAAUGAUGAAUCAACAAGUCAAGGAGCAACGGAUGAAAAUAAAAAGGACUUAGUCUUAAAUGAGAAGGAUGAAAGCAAGAGUCAAGUAGUUGGAACAAGUUCAGAGACUUCCAGAGAUGAUAACUUACCUGUCUCAUGUUAGCAUGACUUGUUCAUCUGAAUGCUUUUGAGGGGAAGGCUAGAGUAAAAUGAACUCUACAACUUUUUAAUGCAUAAAUGAUGUUGGAAUUUGUAGAUCGUAGUUUAGCAGUUUGCUUUUAUUUUGUCGCUAUUUUUUUUUUUUAUAAUUUGUAUGGUUUGGUAAAAUGAAAGACUGGGAGGACUAGUGGUUUUGUUCUUCGUUGUCAUAUCUCAUGGACAUUAAUGAGGGACCAUAAGGGCUAGAACCUGAGUUUCCUUCUUUUUCUUUUUCCUUCCAUAGUAGGGUAGGUUUUUAGUAAAAUAGUAAGAGAGAUCCUUAAGUUUGCAGGUUCAUUUAAUGUACACAAGGGAUUAAAGUAUAUUCCAAAGCGUUCUUAUAAGCAUGUAAAGAACCUGCAAAUUUUUUAGGAGAACUAGUGUGUACUGAUUCUACUUUUAGUUAAUUUCAUGCAAUUGCCAUUGUGUAUUUUGUUGGUAUUUCUAUUUACUCUUGCUUAGGAUGAUUAGUUUAUCUCAGUUUCUUUUGAUGAAUUUCUUUUCUUUUAUUAUUAUAAAUAUUCGAAAUUUUCACUAUUUUAUCACGGUGAACUUCUUCAGUUAAUGCUGAAUAGAAUCAAUCCGUUUAUAGCCUUCUGUUACAACAUAUUGUCGUGUAAUUAUAAAAUAAGUUAGUUUUUGGAUAGAUUCUUAUAAUCCAUAAGUGAUUGCUUUGUGGCAAAUGUGAGAACUAUUGUAUAGAGUCUGAUGUGAAACUUGGUGGUAAUGCCCUUAAAUGUUUUAGUGGGUUUGGACUUGAGUUUGACAGAAAGCAGUAUUUCUGCCAGAUUUUACUACGAAUGGAGUUUCGCAAUCUGGUGUUAGAAUUGCUACUGCGUUGGACUUUCCCAAGGAAUUGGAUGGCUGAUGAUUGAUGAUGAUGAAGGGGUUCAGUAUUUAUAAGGGUUCAGAUGGAAAAAGGAUGCGGGGGUUCUACUUCAAAAGCGAAAAUGGAAGUUUCUUUGCCGGUAAAUUAGUGUUUUGCUGCCAGGCCAUACAAGACAAAAGGAGUAAAAUAGAGGUGUAUGUGGCUAACUUUGUAGUUACACGGUUGUAAGAGUUAGAGCCAUCUCUUCCUAGUUAUGAAUUGGAUAAACGUAACAGCUGCCACUUCAACUGCUACCUGUUGUCUGCAGAUUCCGAUCCACGAGUUGGACUUGGCAUGUCACGUGUCCAGGAGAUGCUUUUAUGGCCAAGGAGCUGAUUUCGUGUGUUUGGUUUGACCUCUGCAAAUUUUCCUAAUAUUUGUUAACGCGUUUCAAGACUCAAAAUGCAGUAGCAAGUGUUUGACGGAUGGAAAAAAACAUGAAUUUUGUUGAAUCCACGUAAUUUCCAUGGUUGACCUGC